AUGGGUAUUACUGGGAGAAAGGGAAGGUGCUCCUGUUCAGCUCCUUGUAAGGACCAUCUUCUCCUUCUCAUUUUCUUUGUUGCCAUGCUUCUUCUACAAAGGGCUAUGGCUGAAUCCAGAACGCUAAAUUACACCAGACACAGGCAAACCAGUACCCUGAGGCUUGAAAGGAUUAGCAGGCACUUGGACAAGAUCAAUAAGCCUCCUGUGCUCACCAUAGAGAGUGCAGAUGGAGAUCUUAUAGACUGUGUUCACAAAAGAAAGCAACUGGCUUUAGAUCACCCCCUUUUAAGGAAUCACAAGAUCCAGAAAAUGCCAAUGGAGAUGCCAAAAGGGAUGAAGGUGAAUAGUACGAGUGACAUGGAAGGGGAAGGAGGAAGCGAGAAGGCAUGGCAGAUGUGGCACUUAAACGGGACAAGGUGUCCCAAGGGAACGGUCCCAAUACGACGGAGCACGGUGCAUGACGUGUUGAGAGCAAAGUCUUUGUAUGAGUUUGGGAAGAAACGUUCACGAGUUCCUCUCUCUGGCCGCAACGAUGUCCCCGAUGUUCUCAGCGGCAAUGGCCAUGAGCAUGCGAUCGCAUAUACGGGGUCGUCGCAAGAAAUGUACGGGGCAAAGGCAACAAUAAAUGUAUGGGAUCCAUCAAUUCAAGUGAUCAACGAAUUUAGUCUUUCACAACUUUGGAUUCUUUCAGGAUCCUUCGAUGGCACUGAUCUUAAUAGCAUCGAAGCUGGAUGGCAGGUCAGUCCGGAGCUCUAUGGUGACAGCAGACCCAGAUUGUUCACUUAUUGGACGAGUGAUUCAUAUAGGGCAACCGGAUGUUACAACCUUCUUUGUGCUGGCUUUAUUCAAACCAACAGUAGAAUAGCCAUUGGAGCUGCGAUUUCUCCUGUCUCUUCUUAUGAUGGCAACCAGUAUGACAUUACCAUUCUCAUCUGGAAGGAUCCAAAAGUAGGGAAUUGGUGGAUGAGUUUUGGUGACAACACAUUGGUGGGGUAUUGGCCCGCAGAGCUAUUCACACACCUGGCAGAGCAUGCAACAAUGGUGGAGUGGGGAGGAGAGGUGGUGAACUCACGCAGCAACGGGCAACACACCUUCACCCAAAUGGGGUCUGGACACUUUGCAGAAGAUGGUUUUGGAAAAGCAAGUUACUUCCGGAACCUUCAGAUCGUGGACAUGGAUAACAGUCUGAGUUCUGUGCAGAGCAUCUCAACCUUGGCCGAAAACACAAACUGUUACGACAUCAAGAGCUUCUACACCAACGAAUGGGGCACCUACUUCUACUAUGGUGGGCCUGGGAACAAUCCACAGUGCCCAUGA